CAAAAGCCUUUUUACUACGAAUUUGAUACAUUUUGUUGGUUACUGGUCGUAGUAAAAAACCAUUUUUCUACUAGUGAACACUAAUGAGUAAUAACAUAUUAUUUACUACUGUUUAUCAAUGUUAAUUAAUCAAGAUUCUUUUUGCGCCAAGCUUUUUUCUAGGAUAAAACUCGAAUAAAGAAAGAUGUCUACAAACUAUGACAACUGGAAGAGACUGUUGAGAGCCGUACGAUUUAGAGAGCUAGACAAGCAAAUGAUCUUGUUAAAAUCCACAAAAUCUCCAUUAUCUAGUUUCGAUCUCGGUUAUAACACGACUUCCGCAAUAAUCGACGACAAUAAUCCUCAAACGAGAAGUCUAUUAGCCAUGCACAAUUUAGGGGGGGCGCUCGACCACAAUCAAUGGAAGGCAAUGCUCCCAACCGGCAAAGAUGUACUAGUUUGGAAAUCAAAUUGUUCAUUGAGUUUUUUUAUGGACAAAAAUGGCAAGAAUUGUUUCUUGUUUGGAGCCUACUCAAGACCCGGAAUUUCACCGAAAGAUGGCCUCAAAUUUACUUAUGACCUUAAAUCCAGAUUCGGGAGGGUGGCGAAGCUUAAAAAUAAAUGGGGGGUCGAUAUCAGCUGCAGUAUAAGUGCACAAUUUCUUUCGCCCGAGACUACAUACGUUGUAUAUCUUGUGAUUGAAUACAAUUAUAAGAACGAGAGUAGAUCUCCUCAGAAAGCACUUUCAUUCGUCGGUUUUAACGAAAGUAAAUGGGAAUACGGUUACUCGAAAGAGCGAGCGAGGAUUGUGGAUUUCGGACGGAUCAAAGAGAGAUCGGAUAGAUGGGACGAGGUUGAAAUCGGGAGAUUCUAUGUUGGUUUGGAAGAAGAGAAUUCUUUUAGAGAAGAGCGAGAUGUGCUCGUGCAAUUGCUCGGAAGUAGUGGAUACAUUAUCGAAGGUAUUGAGUUCCGACCUUUGGAGGAAGAGUCUUGAGGAAUUGUUUUUCUUUUCUUUUUUUCGAAUUUAAGGAUUUUCUAAAACUUAUAA